GUUCACUGAUAAACUAUUCAAUGAUAUUCUAUCGGUAUGUUCGACAGUUUGUGACCUCCAGAUCACUUUUUGUGAUCAACGAGUGAGCGAAAUCGAAGGUAAUAAUAAUGAUGAUGAUUCAACCAGCAUUGCAAACUUGUAUGAAACUCAAAAGGCCACACUUUUUCAAUUCCAAGCCAUUUAUACAUGUCAUAUGUCUUUAUUGACUAAUGGAUCUUCCAAACAUAUCUGAAAAAAAAGGAAUAUCUAACACAUUUGUCCAUUUGGUCUGCAAAAUGUCAACUGGUAAAACACUUUAAAAUUCAAAUUGUCGAUAAUCAUAGACUUCCUGUCUUCCACAGUUCAUUUAAUCUCUUGAAGAAUAUCAUACCAUGCUUUACUUAUCACAAAUUAUAAAAGUUUUAAAUCAACAUGUAGAGAAGUUUUCAAUUUCAAAGGUGUAAGUUUGGAUAUAAAUCUUAUCCUUCCCAAGCCUCACUCAUGCUUACACCACCCUCUUAUCAAAAGCUUAAAGAAAGUGUCUCUCUAUAUGCAUCGCUAGUAAAAAUGAUGUUCAAUGUUCCUGCACUAUUACAUCAUUCUUCAACUAAUAUCAUACUCAUAAAAUUUCUAUAGGAGCUAUAUAUUAUGACCUAUUACAAUAACAUCAGAUCAUAUUUGUCUCUGAUGUGUAUUUUCUUCUUGAUCUUCUCUUGAUUUCUCUCCUACUCUUUUCUUCUUUUACCUGAUUCCCUGUCCCACUGGAAAAAUAUCGAAUUAUGAGAGAUUUCAGUAGAUUAUAAUCGGAUUUUUCUGCAACAAAAUUCAAAUUAAAAUCGAUUGAAAUCUUCGAAAUCAACAAUAAUUCGAUUUUUAAUCAAACAACAAUCCUUACAAUCUGGAAAAAAUGUGGAUUAAAAUCAUGCAGUUUUGAUUAAAAUUAUAUAGACCUGAUUUAUUUCGAUUAUAAUCCGAAUCUUUCUGAAUUUUAAAGAUUUUUGAUUGGUUGUGAAUCGGAUUAUUGUUGAUUUCGAAGAUUUUAAUCGAUUAUAAUUUAGAUUUUGUUUCAGAAAAAUUCAAUUAUAAUCUACUGAAACCUUCCAUAAUCUAAUAUUUUUUCACUGGGGUGUGAUAUCUACCUGUUUUUAUUGAGCGACCAUAUACUCAUAAAGAUAUGUUCAAUUAUCUUGAAUCAUAAAGUAUGACAAUAAUGCCCUAUCCAACUAACACCCUAGAUUUAGCACAAUUUCGUUUUUAGUUAUUGAACUUAGUCAAACAAAAUCCAAGCGAUCAAAAUGAUUUAUAAGCGUUGCAUCGUUCUGUAAUCCUCUUUACGAACUCUGUAAAUAAACAAGAUCAUAGAAAAAGAUGUUCUAUAAUAAAUGUAUUCAACCGAUGCAAUUGUGUGUUGAUAACCAUGGAGAUUAUUUUAAACAUUUAAUGAAACAAAAAGUUUAACGAACUUGUUUCUGUAUCUCCUUUUAUACAGUUGGCACCUCUAGUAUACACAGACGACUAGUUAUUAAAGGAGACGACAAAAAAAAGAAAAACGAGAGGAUAAGAGUCAUGAGAAGGCCAAGAAGAGAAUAUAUAUCGAAGGCAAAUAUGAAAUGAUGUUAUCGUCACAUAUCAUAAUAAAUAGAUCUUAUCCUCGAAAUUUCAUUGUUAUAAUAUUAGUUACAGAAUGAUGUAAGAGCGUAAAAAAAUACAGCGUCGUUUUUAUUGUCAUUUCAUAUAGAGUCAGUUUCUAUAAAUCUGUAAUUAGGAGUUAAAAUACAUUUACUAUUGCUUUUGACAUGAUCUAAGUAAAGUUCUUCCCUUUCUAAUCAAAAAUGUUCAUAUUAGUUUCCUUCAACAAUUUCAAACGCGUGGCAUGUCUUUCUUCGAUAUUUUUUCGUAGGUGUUUAUUUUUUCGACAUUUUUCGUUCAUCCUUUUUUCAUUGUAUAAAGCAACUUUAUUCUUCGUGUGUUUCAUAAGUACCUUUACUGUCUUUUUUUGUUAAUCAUGAGCAAUGAAUCAUCUAAACAUUCCACAGGAAGACAAAUUUUAUAACUCGUUUUUGUUUUUUGUUCAUCUUGCUUAAACAUUGACUGUCUAUUUUUUUGUAAUCAUGAACAGUAGGUUUCUUAACGGUCCAAAAAACUUCUCGUAUGAAUGCUUUAUUAGAAAUCUAAUUUUUCGUGGCAUCUUUCAAUUUUCAAUCAAAAAAAGUCAUUUUCAACCGUUUUUUUCUGUCUUUGUCGACUAAAUAAUCGGAAAUCUUUUACAAAAUUGCAACCUAAUAUUAAAAUACAUCAAAACAUAUUAUAUCAACUCUACAAGCAACAUUAGCUGAUACUUAUUUAACAUUACAGUUUUCACGUAUUGGUGGUCCAACACGUUUACCUUUAGCUAAAGCAUUUACAAAAUUAUCUGAUGGUAAACAUUUAAAUUAUGAUUUUGUUGAAUGCAUGCCUAUACGUGCAUUUCGAAUCGUACUGUCAGAAACAAAUGGAAAUAUGAUGAUUGAUGGUGAAAAAGUACCUUAUGGUUCUAUUCAAGGUCAGGUGUUACCAAGUAUUGCUCGAUGUAUGGGUAAACAACCCAAAAAUGAUUAA